UGGCUUACCAAUGGAAAGAUCGAAUGUUCAGGUACGCCGGGUCAAUGCAGCUUGUGUAGCGAUGCAGAACUUUAGAAGAGAUUGUGUGGAGUCUGGGGAAGGUCAAGAGACCAAAUGAAUUGAGUUCAUCGUCAUGUUUCACUCACGGCUGCUCGCAUGGGCCACGAGCUUGACAGCCGAGGCACUUAACGGUGCCCUGUGCAUGUAUCACGUGGGGUUAGUGAAAACUUCGAUAGAGAGACAGAAGCAGAAGAAUAGUCUUGGUAAUAUAAGAGUUUCACAAGAGCAGGCUGGGUCGUCAAGUAGAAAAGAGACGGGCAGUGUGGGCUUAGGGAUAAGAUUAACAGUUGGUGAUUAUGAGAAACUUCAACUCAGAGACGCCACCUCAAAACGCAGACAGAAUAGGCAGAAAUCUGAGAACACAAGUACAAAAUUAAAGCUCGAAGAAAAUAACACAAAGGACAGGAAAUUGGUGGUGCGAGGUGUUGGUCCACGGUUGUCGGAAAGCACAACUCCCACCAAAUACGAAACAAAGGCACACUACACCUUCUUUGACACAUUGUCUUGUCAAGAUCCCGCUAUCGACUAAAUGACAAAAUCAUGGGUCAUGGGAAGAACACGUGGUCCUUCACGAGAAGCACGGUGAGACAGAGCUUAAGUCU